AUGAAUUCUCCGUCAAAUCUCAAGAAGAAGUCAUCGGAAAGUUUCGGGGAAUACGCUGUUAAAUGGCGCGAACAAGCGGCCAGGGUCAAGCCCCCAAUGGAUGAAAUAGAAAUGGUGAGUAUUUUUCUACAAGCUCAAGAGGCUGAUUACUUUCAGAAUAUGAUGUCGGUAAUAGGGAAACCAUUCGCUGAGGCCAUCAAAAUUGGUGAGAUGGUAGAGAAUGGUCUAAAAACAGGGCGCAUAUUGAGUCAAUCUGCCAUAAGAGCUACGUCCCAAGCAAUUCAAAGCGGGUCCGGAGGUGUAGCAAACAGAAAGAAAAAGGAAAAAGCGGCAAUGGCGGCUUCAGGUCCGAGGAACCCUCGUUUACCCAGAAAUUACUUCUCUCCAAGCCCCCCCCCCCCCCCACAGCAUUAUUAUCCCCACCAGGAUGUGGCUUAUGCUAUGGCCCCCCAACCGUAUGCACUGAUGAACGCCCAGCCAUACGCUCGGCCACAACAACAGUUUAACCAAAACAGAGCUCCACCUCCUAGAAAUAACCCUCCCCACCAAGCUCAGUAUAAUCCCCGACCUCCACAAAAUAAUUUUCCUUACAAUGCCCGUGCACGGGAGCCACCCAGGAGAACAAAUUUCAAGCCUAUUGGUGAGUCAUACUCUAGCCUUUUCCCUAAACUUGUCCAAAUGGGUUUGUUGCAACCCGUACCCCAAACCAGGCAAAACCCAGAGUCGCCCUCUUACCGACCCGGUGCUCGAUGUGCCUAUCAUUCGGGAGCGGAAGGGCAUGACACUGAAGACUGUUGGACCCUGAAAAGGGCGGUUGAGAAUCUCAUAGAGCAAAAAUGGAUAGUGCUGAAGGAUGAAGAUGUGACCAACAACCCAUUACCGGCCCACAACAAUGGACCUAGGCCCAUGGCAGACCCCACUGUCGUCCCAUGGAAUUACAACAGAGCGGUAGUGACAUACAAGGGAAAAGAGGUCCUAGGGGAAGCAAAUGAAACUAACCCAACUGAGAAAUACCUUAAUUUGGAGGAUUUGAACAAAGCCAAGAAGAAGCGUUUCCCACUCAAGAAGCCCGUCAGUGCUGAGGAGGCCGAAGAAUUCUUCCAUAAAAUGAAAACUGCUGACUAUGAGGUAAUAGACCAACUCCGGAAGUCUCCUUCACAGGUCUCACUCCUGUCUCUGCUAGUGAGCUCAACCGAGCAUCAGAAAGUGUUGAUAAAAGCCCUCAAUGAAGCUUAUGUUCCGAUUGAAACCACUGUUGAACAACUGGAAAGGAUAGCAGAAAGAUUCUUCGCAAUCAACCAGAUCUCAUUUAGCAAGAAUGAUCUACCCCGGAAGGGGAUGCCCACAAUAGAGCCCUUCACUUGA